AUGAAUGAAAAGGGAUAUUUCAACAAAGGACAAAUGCACAUAAAAGCCACUCUCGAAUCAGACCACUAAAAAAGCUUUCUGAUUGAUAUUCAAGAGAAUGAUACCAUAUUAACUUUAAAAAAGCGAAUUGGAGAGAUUAUGGAAUCGAGCUACGAGCUCUAUAGAAACCUUAGAAAUGUGCAGGCUUCCUAGAUUAUCAGAAGAUCAACCCAGGCAUUCUUAGAUGACUCAGAUUUAGUGAUAGAUGUGCUGUAAGAUAAUGAAGAGAUCUACUUUGAAUUGGAGAGUCAUGAUCUGUGGCUUCAUGUUGUUUUCAACAUGUUCAGCGAUACAGAAUUACUGGUAUAUGGCACCACUGAGUUUAGAAUCGAGAAGUUUGAGACUCUGCAGGUGCUAAAAAAGAAACUUUAAAAGUUCAGCAUGAAUAUGUGGUCUAAAAUGCUCAAGGGCACUGAGUCACUCUACACUUUAGAGCAGUUGGAUUUGAAAACAGAAGAUGACUUCUCAAAUGUAAAUAUGAAUGAGGACAGACUAUAACAGUAGUAGUAGUCAGCUUCUAAGUCAAAUUAGUAACUUAAUCUACUUCAGUUGCCCAAAGAAGGAUAGUCCAAGGAUCCAAUUAAUGAAUAGCAAAAUGGAGUCUAAAGUCAAAAGCCUUCUACUGUCAAAAGAAAGUUAUUUGAUCUAAAGUUGCUUGACAAGUUUGUAAGUUUCACUGUUGGUGACUUCUUUGGAUAUAAGAAUAAAGUAUUUAUGAAAGUAGUAUUCAAACCAUUUAUGAGAAGUCAGUAUCAUAAGCAGGUCAUUCAAACCUUUAAUACAAAUGUUUCAGAUGACUCGAACUAUACUAAUCCUGAGCUAUCAAACUACAAGCUGCAAAAUCCUUUCUUAACAGUUAUGCCAAAGAGCAUAAUGAAAAGAGCAUCAUUCUUCCUAGGCCAUAAUCGUAGAAAACUCGGACCUUCUAAGAAAACUUCAAGACUCACUGGGUUUGAUUACACUGAAAUUGAUCGUGGAAGCAUUCAGCUCUAAUAGUAUAAAUCAGUCAUGCCAACAGAGAAGAAAAAGGGUAGAUUUGACUCAGAGCAUCACUAUGAAAUUGAAAAGGAGUAAAUUCUACUGAAUUAAGUAACAUAUGGUCUAGUCAUUAUUAACAAUGAGAAAUUUAAAGCAGAAUUUGACAAAUUUAUUGCGUUUCUCAUUCAAUAACAAUCCCCAAAAAAAGAUCAAAAGGCUCAUAGCAAUAAAAGUAGAUCAAUACUCUCAAAAGCAUCAAAGAAAAUAACAGAAAAAUUAAAAGAAUAGAUGAACCCGCUGGUUAAGGUGAGCAAUUUCUCACCAGAUGUUUCAAUCAGAAAGAAAACUAUGAUGGUUCCCUAGAAAAAGGAUUCUAAACCUCGGAUGUAUAGCUUGUUUGGGUAAGUUCAAACAUAAGUAGGCAGAAGUAAAUCAUUUAAGAGAGUUAGUGAGAGCAAAAAGAAUUCCAUGUUUUACUCUUCCGAAAGCAGCUCUAAUAAGAGUAAGAUAUCUGAAAACGAAGAGUUGGUAGAGGCUAGUAUCAGUGGAGAGUUUGUAAAUUUUAUGGAUGAUGCAGAGGUAGUCAUGGGGCAGUCCAAGAAUAAUCCAUCUAGUCCAGAUGCACUUAAAGAAAUGGAUUAAUUCGAUAUCGAAAAUUAAAAUAUCAGCUUUUAAAACGAGGCUUUAAACCACAAUUUUUUCGAGAUGUAUAGUCCAGAGCAUCCUUUUGGACAUGGAAAAUGUAUCUUAAUUGCCAAGAUACAUGAGAAUGAUAUAUAGAAUAUCAUGAAAUCUUUCAUCAUUACCCAUGAUGAAGCCUACAAUCUGAAACUUCCUCGAAUCAGAAAAGCAAAUGUCAGAAAUAAUAUUAAUGAGCUGAUGAAUGACAAUAAUGAGGAUGACAGACUUGAUAUGGAUGAGAAUCACUUCUUCUUUGACAGCCAGUACGGCAGUUACAAUCUUAACAAACAUUAUCAGCCUGAAUAAGGGGUUUGGGAAAGAAAAAGAGUUCGAAAGGCUGUGAAAGUUUUGCUAGUAUUGCUAAUUAUACUGAUAUUUUUGGCAAUCGGAAUGACAAGCUUGUGGAUGAUUAACCCUUAUGGAAUAAAUCAAGUGAUUAAAUAAGUACUCAUUGAUAUCUAUGAGACGAUAUAUUCUUAUUUUUACGAAGAUUAUAAAGAAAAAGAAAUCCAGCACUAAAUAUGA